GUUCACGCGCACGCGUACUUCCACAUUUUGAAGUCAAGCACAGGGAGGAUUGAUGUAACCAGCUAAUCUUACCCUAGUUAACACUAUAAUAUUUAAUGUUUACAGCUGAUUCUGCACUCUAACUACACUCGGAACUUUGCUUUAAGGCCUUUAUUACAAUGGCAGCUAGAUAUGACAGAGCUAUUACAGUGUUUUCCCCAGAUGGUCACCUCUUCCAAGUUGAAUAUGCUCAAGAAGCCGUGAAGAAAGGCUCAACUGCUGUCGGCAUUCGAGGAAAGGAUAUCGUCGUCCUUGGUGUUGAGAAGAAGUCCGUGGCAAAACUGCAAGAGGAGAGAACCGUGCGCAAGAUCUGCGCGCUUGAUGAGCACGUUUGCAUGGCCUUUGCCGGGCUGACGGCAGACGCUCGUAUCGUGAUUAACAGGGCCAGGGUGGAGUGCCAGAGCCACAGGCUGACCGUGGAGGAUCCGGUCACUGUGGAGUACAUCACACGCUACAUCGCAACCCUCAAACAGCGCUACACCCAGAGUAACGGUCGCAGACCGUUCGGUAUCUCCGCUUUGAUUGUUGGCUUUGACUAUGACGGCACUCCCAGGCUGUACCAGACCGAUCCCUCCGGAACAUACCAUGCAUGGAAGGCCAAUGCGAUUGGUCGCAGUGCCAAGACAGUGAGGGAAUUCCUGGAGAAGCAUUACACUGAGGAAGCCAUCACCGGGGACAACGACGCCAUCAAGCUUGCCAUCAAAGCGCUACUGGAGGUUGUGCAGUCUGGUGGGAAGAACAUCGAGCUUGCUGUCAUCAGGAGGAAUCAGCCACUGAAGCUUUUGGAGUCCAAGGAAAUCGAAACAUUGGUGGCAGAAAUCGAGAAAGAAAAGGAGGAGGAGGCGGAGAAGAAGAAACAGAAAAAAGCCACGUAACGUGAUGGAGAAGAGCACGUACAUUCAGCCAGUGUUUCCAGUAGUUUACUGAAGUUGUGUUACAUUACAUUUCACAAAACAUAAAAAACGUCAAAUACCUCUUA